AUGCCACAGAGUGGCUCUUAUCAAAGAGUAAUAGUUUGUGAUACUCUUGUGUUGUUUGCCAUUCUGUUUUCUGCCCCUAUUUCAUUUGCAUAUCUCAUGAUUAGGCAUAUGUGGGACUGUGUCCGAAGUGACAAAAAGUGCAAUCUCCCUUAUGGCAUAUUUUUGACAUGUAUCUUUGAGUACUUUCAAGUUGAUCUAAGUAAUGAGCCAGUGAAGAAUCGGGUUUCUACUAUCAAAGGUGGGGGAGUUCCCGAGUCAGCUAAAGGGAAAAAGGCAAAGAGUUCAAAGGCAUCAGUGUUCACUGAUAGUGAAGAUGAAAGUUUUCGUCCUAUUGAAACCUCUGACAAGUCUCGAUUCUCAAAAACAAUAAAGGAUGUCCUCACUGAGUUCUCCAAUAUGUCCAAUUUGAUGGUUAAAUCAUACAAAGAGGCUAGAAAGCAAGCCUUUAAGAAUAAAAAAGCCUGGACAAAGUGCCAUGAAAGGGUGAAUUUGCUUAUCAAGACUUGGAGACUGUUGACAAGGACACGGCCAAUUCCAAAGAAGAAGAAGAUCUUCUUGAUUCUGAUGUCAACUUGGUCCCUCCUUGAUGACAAAAGGGAGAGGAAAAGAUUGGCUGAAUUGAAACUGAAAUUAAAACUGCUAACUACUGCUGUGAGAGAGAACCCUUCUACCGCCAUUUUUGCCGUCAUUUCUGCUGCCAUUUCCGCCGCCGGCACCGUCACCACUGCCGUGUCUGUUGCGGUAGAGAGCUUCUUGAUUGAGCCACCUCUUUUAUCAACGCGUUUUCAGAUUUGUUCUUCUAUUCGGUUAUUGCUGCCACAGCGGAGUUUCCACCGCCGUUGUUGCUGCCGUCGUUUCCAUCACCAUUGCCAUUGUUGUUGCUGCCGCCUUUGCCAUGGUAGAACGCUUCUGGAUCGAGUCACCUCCUCUGUCAACACGUUUUCAGAUCUGUUCGGUUCCAAGCUUCUUCUUCGACGCAACUUCUCUCCCUCCAUAUUUCUCCUUCGAGCUGCCACAGGAAGUGAAGGGCAUACACUAGAGGAAGCAAAGUCUAUCAAUCUGUCGUUGAGUGCAUUGGGGAAGUGUAUUAAUGCACUUGCAGAGAAUAGUGCACAUGUGCCAUUUCGUGACUCAAAGUUUACAAGAUUGUUAUGUGAUUCAUUUGGAGUCAUGCCAAAGGGAAAGCGCAUAAAAAAUCCAUUGAAGUUUGUAGAUGAGAGGGAAAACAACAAUGCUUCUCGUUCACUUCAACCUCCAGCACCAACAGCAUCUGAAGAUACCACUAGUGUAGAGGCUAGUGAGGCUCCUUUUCAAAUUCCUUCUCAAGCCGCUGCAAAUUCCAUUUCAUCUGAUGGAGCCACACGUUGUUCUAACUCAAAGUCUUCAUCUGCUUGGAAUGUGGAGAUAAUUGACUCUACAAAUAUAAAGAAGAAGGCUAAGAUCAAAGUCAAGGAUGUUUGCAACUUACCUAUGGGAGACCGUGUAAUUGUAGAGGUUGACGAAGAGGAUGCAUCAUAUGGUGAAGCACAAGGUUUACUUGCUGGCUAUUGUGGUAUAUUAGCAACUAAUGCACGUAUCUUUCCAAUUAGCUUUGAAAAGUGGUCGGGACAAGAAAAUGGUGGCAUGCCUAAGUCUUUCAAAGAUGAGUGCUUUGAUACAAUGAUAAAGGAGCUUUGCAUGAAAAAUAAGGAAAAUCGAAGCAAGCAAACCAUUCCUCACACUUGUGGAUCUAAAUCCAACUCUCGGAGGCGACAUGAGAUGGUAUAUAUAUACACACACUUAAUACAUGUAUGA